AGCCCUGUUGCCAAGUUUUUAGCGGCAAAUUUAAAGAAUCUCAUUGGUGUAGGCGACAUUGACACUCUAACCACAACACAUUCGUCUACUGACGAUUACAGACUAUGUACAUGACCGUACACAAGCAAUAAUCCGAGUAGUCAACCCGGGUAGUGAGUAACGUUGAUCUCAAUGCGAUAAGCCGGCAGUCCUGAUAGUGCUAUUGUUCCCAAAAGUGUAUUUCCCCUGUCAAAAAUGGGUCAACUAAUUCUACUGGCACUUCUGACGUCAUCGUUAUCAAUAAUUGGGGCAAAUAUGCCAACACAGCACCCCUGCCAAUAUACAGACCCAUCAACGGGAAUAAAAUAUGAUUUUACAUCGUUGAUACUUCCGACUGAAGAUUACAGUCUUAGAAAUGAUGGAACAAACGAAACCGUGAAAUUACAGCUUUGCCAUGUACUACAUGACCAAUGCAAGGAAGAUGGAACGUCGUCUGUUUGUUUACAGUCUGGAGAAAAACACAUUUCCAUAGGAACUUAUCCACCAACAGUGCUGGCUGAGAAUGGCAGCAUUGCUUUUCAUUUCAGCGGCGAUCCCUGCAUGGAUGGUAAACGAUAUACUCUGAGGGUUAUCAUGCAGUGUGAUUACUCGGAAUCCGAUGAGAAACCUUACCUUUUUCCUUAUGGAAAAGGACAGUGCGACGUAUACGUCAUCUGGAAAAAUAUAUUGGCAUGCGGAACAUCCCCAAAAGUCGUGAAUUGUACCAUUGCGAAUCAAGCGGGAGAUGUUGUGGAUCUAACUAGGCUAAUGAGUCAAGAGAGCAAUUAUGAGAUACCGACUGCAGUCAGCACAAGGUCUAUGAUUCUAAAUGUGUGUCACUCAGUGAUUCCUGGGUAUGGGGUAGUAUGCCCGGUCAAUUCAGGGGCCUGCUUGAGAGACACCACUAAUUCUAGUGCGAGCAGAUACAUCAACAUCGGAGAUGUCCAGCCUCCUCAGUUGAUCAAUGGUACAGUUGCUCUGGAGUAUACUUUGGGAGCAAUAUGCCCUGAAAGUGCUGACCAUUUGAAAACGACAAUUUUCUUCAUCUGUGAUUUAACAUCUCAUAACACUCACCCAGUUUUAAUUAAUUCCACUGGGUGUCAUUAUGAACUUCUUUGGAAGACAGUUGCAGCAUGCAGUGAAAAACAGCUGGAGAAAUAUCGUUUGGAUACUGCUAGCCCCUGUAAAGUCGUCGAUCCAGUCACUAACUUCGAGUAUAACCUGGAGAGUCUCAAAGCCCAGGACCUCCCUAUUCCGAUCACUAAUGGCUCUUAUAAAUUGAGUAUUUGUAGACCGUUAAACAGCGUAGCUUGUGGACCUCACGCAGGAGUCUGUCGAUCGCCAAAUCUUACGGUUGGAGGACAAGCCAAUUCUCAGCUCAUGUUGUCUUCAACGGGACCGUAUUUGAAUUACACAAACGGUUCGAUAUGUGAAAAUGAAAAGCGACAUUACACUAUCAUCGAAUUCAUGUGCUCAAAGGAGGAAGACAAGGGUGAGCCGAAGAUCGUGACGGAUGAGGGAUGUUUACUAAAAAUCCAGUGGCCCACGUCCCUCGCCUGUGGUAUCCCGACUGCUACAACUGCACUUGACCCCCCGCUUUCUUCGACACAUCAACCGGACAAAGUGACUCCAACACCACCGCCAACAUCGAUCACCCUAGCUCCCAAUUCUACUGAUAAAUCCCCAAGUAAUCGAACUAUCGACACCGAUUCAUUGACUGCGAACGAGAGUUCUCACGGCACUGGAUUAAUCAUAUUCUUCGUCAUUUUCAUCACCCUGGGUCUUGUAGCCGGGAUUUUCCUCGCAAACCCUGUUCGACGAUCGAACUUAUACGCCACGUGCCGGUCAUUCUUCCAUCGCAGAAUGCCAACUGGUAUGCCAUAUUCUCAGGAGUUGUGAGCGAAUGAAAAAAAUGGAGUGUCUCAAGUAUUACUUUUAGCGAUAGAUUAUGAUUUUGUUUUUUAUAUGUUCCGCUUGAAACAUACGGACUAUGGUUUAUAAAAAAACCGGCUGGUGCUUACCCUCAUAAUUAUUUACGUCAAUGGAUGAGUUAUUUUUCAGUUUAUUAUUUUUCGUUUUUAAGAACCAAUAAGUUUCCGUUUAUUUUUUUGUUUUCUAUUGCUUAUGAUUUUUGUUAUUCAGAUUAUUUAAGACGAAGACAAUGUACUUAAGGGUGUUCAUCUCUUGUGAUAAUCACUGAUUUCAGGUGAAUAGUGUCGAAGAGACAAAUUUAUUACUCGACGCUGCGGACACGUGCUGUCAGUCUGACAGUGACGAUGACCUGUUAAGAAUAUAAAAAAAUAAGUAAAUGAUAAAUCAAAGGGAAAUAAAAUGUCUUCACUCGUGAAAAAAAAAAUUAAUCUAGUGCACAUGAUACCUCAGCAGAUGUAAUUCCUUGUAUCGACGAGUUAAUCGAGUGUUUAUAUUUUUAAAUGCACGUUGAAUAUAUAUUUCUACGAGUCAACUGUCACUGAAUAAAUGGCAUCUUCAUGAGGAAAUAAAAAAAUGAAAAAAAUUCAUGAAAACAACA